CAAAAACUCUAUUUCUCAAAAUAUUGAUCCAUGUCUGCAGUCUUCUAUUUUUAGGGCUGGCAUGGAUUGCAGUGUCAAAGUUGUGGGGACCUAAAUACCUGGUGGCACCCCUGCUCACACUGUAACAGCUGGGAAAGGCUCCAGCACCGCUGUGACACUGGAAUUGAUUAUUUAAAACAACAGUGAGUAUCUUAUCAGUGUGUACUUCAAAAAUCAGUCCUGUACUGCCAUCUUCAGUAUGAUAGAUGAGAUAACACAUAACAUGUGAACACUUCCCCCUUUUUGAACACCAUAAAGACAGAUAUGGUUUCAGCUCGAUUAUUUUAUAACAGGCUCAAAGUUCAGCAUUUGACACAGUUUAUACCUGAUCUAACCAGAUUCAACAAUGUGUGUUAAUCUGAUAAAUUCAUAUUUUUCCAGCAAUAUACUUUGAUUAACAAGAACUUGGAAUCUUAAGAAGCUAUUUUUUUUCCAAAACUCUGACCAUAUAUGAGGGAUCUGCAGUUGAUAAGCCGGGACCAAUAGAAGGCCAAAGGAUCAGACUGAAGAUUUUCAAGUGUCCUCUGAAGAAGACAGAGAGAGAGAGCAGCUCAGUAUGAUGUGGAAGUUGCCAAUAACUUCAAGGCAGCAGCUUCAGGAGGAACAACAGAGGAGGGAGGCUGCUGAAAAUACACUUGGCGACCUGCAGAACGAUAAAGAAAAGUUGGAGAAGAAGAAUACUGAAAUCAUCAAUCAGCUCCAGCACGAGAAAGAAACAUUAGAGGAGCUGAAGAAGCAGCUGGAGUCCAAAAAUCAGGAGCUUUCUGACAGCAUCAGUGAGCUUAACAGGGAGAAAAGGAUAAAGGAGAGUGAAAUAAACACCAUGAGGGUUCAGCUGGAGUCCAACAAACAGGAGAUGAUGAAAUCUGAGAGGGAGAAGGAUGAAAUCAUUACGAAGCUGAGGCAGACGAUCCUUACACUGGAAUCAAAGGCCAGUCUCCAGGAGGAGAAACAGAGAAGGGAGAAAGCUGAGAAACAAGUUCAGAUGUUGCCAACAGAAACAGAGGAGGAGAAACAGAACAAAGAGGAAACUGAGAAAAAAGUUCAGACCUUGCAGAUCAAAACAGAGAAGAUUUCUCACAUCAACAGUCCGUCCAAGCAGAAGAAAUAGACACUGAAGGAGCCUCAGAAAGAAGUCAAGGAACAGCCCAAGAAUCAGUGCUGUGCUUUCUGAUUUGAUUUUUAAAGAAUUAGUUUACAUUUAUGUUUACAUCAACAGCUGGUGUGACAAAGCAAAUUGCAAGGCACCCAUAUGUGUAUGCUUGUGUGCAGAACAGAGAGCAAUUUUAAAAUGUGUAACUUGAAUGCUGUUAUACCCCCAACUGGUCACAGCAGAUGUCCACCCCUCCCUGAGCCUGAUUCUGCUGGAGGUUUCUUCCUCUCAAAUCGGCAUUUUUCCUUCCCACUGUCACCAAGGAACUGGACUCACAUUGAGGUUUUUUGAUUGUUGGGGUUUUCUCUGUAUUAUUGUACGAUCUUUACAUGACAACAUAAUGAACUUUGACUUUGUGACUGUUGUUGUGAUUUGGUGCUAUAUAAAUAAAAUGUAA